GAUGGAGUGAAUCUUGAUGAGAUGAGAGAGUUUGCCAAGCAAUUCAAAUUGAGGCGUUUGUCACUUGGCCUCACACAAACACAAGUUGGACAAGCACUGUCCAUCACAGAGGGACCUUCAUACAGUCAGUCUGCUAUCUGCAGGUUUGAGAAACUCGACAUUACGCCGAAAAGUGCACAGAAAAUCAAGCCAGUGUUAGAGAGGUGGAUGACUUUGGCGGAGGAGAGGAUGAAGAAUGGAGGGCAAUCUCUUCCCGACUACAACGGCUUCGAGUCUUCAAAGAAACGAAAACGGAGAACAUCUUUCACUCCUGGUGCUAUUGACGCUUUAAACGACUCCUUCGACCAAAACCCUCAUCCAACUGGCACGGAGAUGUCUGAGUUGGCUGACAGGUUGAAGUUUGAUCGUGAAGUCAUUAGGGUAUGGUUCUGUAACAAACGACAAACUCUUAAAAACACAAUCAAAAAAAUUAAAGUACCGCCAUCACCAGAGUCUUAG